GAUCCAGUGCAGCCUCUCUUCCUCGAUUGGCUUUGAAGCUCCAGCCCCUGGCACAGUGCCUGGCACUUGCGGAGCUCUCAAUCGAUGUUUGCAAAAUCGGAUUCUCAGCGGAGCAGGUGUCCACGGGGAACCGGUGCGCAGGGCGGGGGCUGCGAGGGGGGCCUGCGGGGCCGCGCUCCGCCCCUUCGGGUCCGCGCCGCGCCCCCGCCCCCGCCCGUGCGCGCUGCCCCGACCCCGCGCGCCGCGGCAGGGAGGGGCCGGCGGAGGCGGAGCCAGCAGCGGCGGAGGCUGGUGGCUCCCGCGCGGCUCCGGGUCACCGAUCCCAGAUCCUGGCGCGACGAGAGGUCACAAGCAGAUCCAGGUGAUGUGUGUUCAUUGCUGAAAGACUCCUCUCCCACCCACACAAACUGUAGGGACAGCUGGGGACCUGCUGGGCACAGGCAUGCCAGUACUGUCUGAAGACUCGGGUUUGCAUGAGACCCUGGCACUCCUCACCUCUCAGCUCAGGCCUGACUCCAACCACAGGGAGGAGAUGGGCUUCCUCAGAGAUGUCUUCAGUGAGAAGAGCCUUAGUUAUUUAAUGAAGAUUCACGAGAAACUCCGCUAUUAUGAGAGGCAGAGUCCAACCCCAGUCCUACACAGCGCCAUGGCCCUUGCUGAAGAUGUGAUGGAGGAGCUGCAGGCUGCCUCCGUGCACAGUGAUGAGCGAGAGCUGCUGCAGCUGCUGUCCACCCCCCACCUCAGGGCUGUGCUCAUGGUCCACGACACAGUUGCCCAGAAGAAUUUCGAUCCUGUUCUGCCCCCUCUGCCCGAUAAUAUCGAUGAGGAUUUUGAAGAGGAGUCGGUGAAGAUUGUCCGCUUGGUGAAGAAUAAGGAGCCCCUGGGUGCCACUAUCCGAAGGGAUGAGCAUUCGGGGGCUGUCGUGGUGGCCAGGAUCAUGCGAGGGGGUGCGGCAGAUCGGAGCGGUCUGGUCCAUGUUGGUGACGAGCUCCGAGAGGUGAAUGGGAUCACUGUCCUGCACAAGCGUCCAGACGAGAUCAGCCAAAUUCUGGCCCAAUCCCAGGGAUCCAUCACCCUCAAGAUCAUCCCUGCCACACAGGAGGAAGACCGCUUCAAAGAGAGCAAGGUAUUCAUGCGUGCCCUCUUCCACUAUGACCCCCGGGAGGACCGUGCCAUCCCCUGCCAGGAGGCUGGCCUGCCCUUUCAGCGGAGGCAGGUCCUGGAGGUGGUGAGCCAAGAUGACCCCACCUGGUGGCAGGCCAAGAGAGUGGGCGACACUAACCUUCGAGCUGGCCUCAUCCCCUCCAAGCAGUUCCAGGAGAGGCGGCUGAGCUACCGGAGAACCACUGGCACCAUACCAAGCCCCCAGAACUUCAAAAAGCCCCUCUAUGAUCAGCCUUGUGACAAAGAGAACUGUGACUGUGAUGGGUACUUCAAAGGACACUAUGUGGCUGGUCUUCGGAGAAGCUUCCGGCUGGGCUGCAGGGAGAGGCUGAGUGGCUCACAGGAAGCAAAGGGCCCUGCAGCAGGCGCUGAGUCUCAGGUGCUGCUGACCUACGAGGAAGUGGCCAGGUACCAACACCAGCCUGGGGAGCGGCCCCGCCUGGUGGUUCUCAUUGGGUCCCUGGGAGCCCACCUCCACGAGCUGAAGCAAAGGGUGGUGGCUGAGGACCCCCAGCAUUUUGGUGUUGCUGUUCCACACACCACCAGGCCCCGGAAGAGCCAUGAGAGAGAAGGGGUGGAGUAUCAUUUUGUCUCCAAGCAAGCAUUUGAGGCCGACAUACAUCACAACAAGUUCCUGGAGCAUGGCGAAUACAAGGAGCAUCUCUAUGGCACCAGCCUGGAGGCCAUUCAGGCUGUUAUGGCCAAAAACAAAGUUUGUUUGGUGGAUAUAGAACCAGAAGCACUAAGACACCUGAGGACGCCAGAGUUUAAGCCCUAUGUUAUAUAUGUGAAGCCUGCAAUUCAGGAGAAAAGGAAGACACCACCGGUGUCCCCAGACUCUGAGGACGCAGCAUCUCCACUUGAUGAACAGCAGCAAGAGAUGGCCGCCUCUGCUGCCUUCAUUGAUCAGCACUAUGGGCACCUGAUAGAUACUGUGCUCGUGAGGCAGGACCUGCAAGGUGUCUGCAGCCAGCUCAGAGCUGUCAUAGAGACGCUGAGCAAGGACACUUCCUGGGUACCCAUCAGCUGGGUGAGGUAACUUCACCCCAUAGCAUCCAGUCUGGAGGGACCUUGAAGACCACAGAGUCCAGCCUCCCUCAUGGACCGUCAAGGAAUCUCAAGUGCAGAGAGGAACAGGUCCCACAAACCAUCGCCACCGAGCAUUAGUGGAAAGCCUUGCGUGGUGUUGGAUUUCUGCUGUUUUGCACUGCAGCCCUUCAUGAGCGGAGCUGAAAGGGGCAGUCCACAGAAUAGCGUGUCAUACAUUAAAGUCUCGCAGGCAAGUUGGCCUUGAUUCUUUGUACCAAAGCUACGUAGCCACUGUCUUUUGGGGGUGGUGGUGGUGAAUUUGUAUGGUGAUGUUUCAGCUUUAUAAAUAUGACACUUCACUGGUCCAGCUUUUUGGAAAUUGUUUUCCACAAGAGGAUCUUCCACGCAACUGAAGACCUUCUUCUGGCUUGCAGCACUGAGAUGUUUGGGUUGUUUUUGGUUUUUGUUUUGUUUUGUUUUGUUUUGGGAGGGUAGUGCUUGCCUGAUGGUAGAGAAAUUAGUUCCCUGCCUUUUCACUUGGUGUGCAUCCAUGUUUUUUCCUGCAAGACAGAGGCACACUUAACGGUCCACAUGGCUCACUAGACCAGUCUCUAAUGCAGCAGUGCCUUCGGGGACUCUUGAGGAAUGUCAGGCUGCCUGUCCCCUUUCUGAAAACCCCCAUGCUCCUGAAAGUGAGUCCUUGAUGUGACUGAUUUGUCCUUUGCUUGCAGCUGUCUCUUUACUGCCUCAGUUCCAGGCUGUCUCUAUUUUCAGACUGGGGCUCCUGUUGUGCUGGAUUGUGAGGGGUCAGAUGACUCCCAUCUGUCAAAGCUCUGUCUAAGCCACAAUAAAUCAGUCCUGUCAAAAGUGCAUAGA